AUGAACUCCAUCGACUCACAGGUUCACCACACAACUGGUCCUGCCGUCAGUCCGCUCCAACCAUUGCACAAAAGCACGCACGAGGCACCAGAGAUGACCGUCUAUUGCGACAACUUCAGCAUGUACCAUCAGCAGAGCUUGCCGGGGGCGCAGCGACCCGCCGGCUACGGCCUCAGUGACUACACGCCGACCCCGAACCCGUACCUAUGGCUCAAUGGCCCUGGUGUCAAUUCGUCUUCUUCCUAUCUACAUGGCAACAACGGCACCUCGUUCAUCCCGCCAUCUUAUGGCUCCCAGCGGCAGUUCCUAACUAAUUCGCCUGGUUUUGCAAGUCCCGACCUUGGAUGGCUUUCUAUUGCAAGCCAAGAAGAGCUGUUAAAGCUCGUGCGCCCGCCGUACUCGUACUCUGCCCUAAUAGCUAUGGCAAUCCAGAACGCGCACGACAAGAAGCUCACCUUGAGCCAGAUCUAUCAGUACGUAGCAGACAACUUUCCCUUCUACAAGAAAAGCAAAGCAGGCUGGCAGAACUCCAUCCGACACAACCUCUCCCUCAACGACUGUUUCAAAAAGGUGCCACGAGAUGAGGACGAUCCUGGGAAAGGAAAUUACUGGACCCUGGACCCGAAUUGUGAAAAGAUGUUUGACAACGGAAACUUCCGCAGAAAAAGGAAACGCCGGUCUGAUUCCAGUACAGCGGUCACCGGCAGCACAAAAUCUGAGGAUGGACGGCAAAUUCCUGGUGUCAAACCGUCAGACAGCCCGCACCUUACUGGAUCCUCUUCUCCCGAGAUGGAUGCUGUUAACGAAAACCACAAAAGCGUAUCACCCACAGGCUUGGCUUCUGCGCCGUGUUUUAACAACUUCUUCAGCAGUAUGUCGACCCUCGGUUCCACUUCUGGUCAGCAUGCCAGACAGGGCUCUCUUGCCUUAGUUAAUGAAUUCUCCAACAGAAACAUCAACGCCCUGAGCCCGUACCACGCUAGUGCCGCACCUGAGGCCGGGGGACCGACAGAACAUCCGGACAGUAUGCACAUGAAUCGGGGAAUGUACUACAAUUCCUUCAGCGGGGGUCAAAGUGCACAGUUUAAUGGACAUUUCUAUAACAGCUUCACUGUAAACAGUCUCAUAUACCCUCGUGAGGGCACGGAGGUAUAA